CGGAGUUUUCCGUAUAUCAUUCUUGCCAGUAAAGUCUUUUUUUAAAUUUGAUUUUAUUAGUAAUAUGGUUUUUGUUUUCGCGUAGUUGACUUUUAAUUAGCCUACAUAUUUCCCAACUUAGUCUGAUACCACAAACUACGAUCCUCCUUACCUCCGUGUAUGCGUACUGUACAUCUCCGAGAAGUUGAAGCACCUCCUCCAUCUUCAAUUCUGCAGUGGCGGAAAGAUACUCUCGACCAGCAUGUUACAUUUUUCAGGAUUUGUGAGUUGAUAUCGCGCUCCUAUCAAGGCUCUAAAUGUUUCAUUUCAUGACUGAGAUGUUCUCCUGAGUUUAAGUUCACAUCUUGACAAAGGCUUAACCUUCUGACAGCAGACAAUGGCUUCCAAUAUAAUUGUGGAACAACAGUUCUCUCACAAAUUCACAGUGACGGUAGUUAAAGCAGAAAACGUCACCAAAGGAGCACUGGGUGACCUGCUGGACACACCAGAUCCCUAUGUAGAGCUGGUCGUCCCGACAGCUCCGGAGUGCAGAAAGAAAACAGCACACAUAGACAAUGACAUCAACCCAAAAUGGAACGAGACCUUUCACUUUAUAUUAGACCCCAACCAGCAGAAUGUCCUGGAGAUAACAUUAAUGGAUGCCAAUUAUGUGAUGGAUGAGACCCUUGGGACAGCGUCCUUCGACCUCAGCAAGCUCAAAGUAGGCCAGACAAAGAUGGAGACUUUCCUCAUUGGCAAAGCAACCAAAGUGUACUUAGAGAUGCUACUGGAAAUCUGCACCAAACUGGACCUGCGGUUCAGCCUGGCCCUGUGUGAAGAAGAGAAGCAGUUCAGACAGACCCGCAGAGAAAGAGUGAUGCUGGGCAUCAAGAAGCUGCUGGACAUGGAGAAGCCUCGUUUCCUCCCCAGCUCUCCAGAAGAGGUGCCAGUCAUAGCUAUAGUGGGUUCAGGAGGUGGUUUCCGUGCCAUGGUCGGCUUCUCAGGUGUGAUGAAGGCCCUGUUUGAGUCUGGUGUCCUGGAUUGCGCCACCUAUGUCGCUGGUCUCUCUGGAUCCACCUGGUACAUGUCCACUCUCUACUCCCACUCUGAGUUUCCAAAUAAGGGUCCAAAGGAGAUCAACAUAGAGCUGAUGAAAAGAGUUAGCAGUAACCCGCUGAGGCUCUUGAUGCCCCAACACAUCACCAACUACAUCCAGGCCCUGUGGAGCAAAAAGGCCUUAGGGCAGCCUGUAACCUUCACCGAUAUCUUCGGUAUGCUCAUAGGAGAGACGCUUAUACCUGCGAGGAUGGACACCAAGCUGAGUGAAUUUCAGGAGAAAAUAAACCAGGCCCAGAGUCCCCUUCCUCUCUUCACAUGUCUGCAUGUCAAGCCAGAUGUUUCUGAGCUCAUGUUUGCAGACUGGGUGGAGUUCAGCCCUUAUGAAAUUGGGAUGGCUAAGUACGGCACCUUCAUGACCCCUGACUUGUUUGGAAGCAAGUUCUUUAUGGGAACUGUUGUGAAGAAAUACGAGGAAAAUCCUCUUCAUUUUCUAAUGGGUGUGUGGGGCAGCGCUUUCUCAAUCCUUUUCAACAGAGUGCUGGGGGUCAAAGACACAGUUGGUGGCAGCACUAUGGAGGAGGAGUUAGAGCAAAUCAAACCACAGCACAUCGUCGGAGAGGACAGUCUAGACAAUGACGAUGGGCCACGUCAAGGUGGCACAGAGAACCAGGAGGCAGAGGAUGAGUACCAUCGCACCGCUCAGGCCAGCUGGGUUCAACGAAUGGUCACGUCACUUUUCAGUGACUCUUCCUUGUUCAACACAAGAGAGGGCCGGGCCGGGAAGGUGCAUAAUUUCAUGCUGGGCCUGAACCUAAACACCAACAUCCCGUUCUCUCCUGUGACUGAGGUCACAUGCCAAGCCCCUACACCGGAUGAGGAGGUGGACGCUGUCACAGAUCCGGACGAGUUUGAUCGUAUCUAUGAGCCUCUGGACGUAAAGAGCAAGAAGAUCCAUGUGGUGGACAGCGGCCUAACCUACAACCUUCCCUACCCCCUGAUCCUGCGACCGCAGCGUGGUGUUGAUCUCAUCAUCUCCUUUGACUUUUCUGCACGACCCAGCGACUCCAGCCCCCCGUUUAAGGAGCUCCUGUUGGCAGAAAAGUGGGCUCGAAUGAACAAGCUCCCAUUCCCCAAGAUUGACCCAAAAGUCUUUGAUCGAGAGGGCCUGAAGGAAUGCUACGUCUUCAAACCAAAAAAAGGCGAAAAGAACUGCCCCACUGUCAUCCACUUUGUCCUGGUCAACAUCAACUUCAGGAAAUUCAAAGCGCCUGGUGUUCCCAGAGAGACCGAGAAAGAGAAGGAGUUGGCAGAUUUUGACAUCUUCGACGACCCAGAGUCGCCAUUCUCCACUUUUAAUUUCCAGUACUCCAACGAGGCCUUCACCCGACUCCAUGACCUUAUGGAGUUCAACACUCUCAACAACUUGGAGGUGAUCAAAGAGGCCAUGAAGGACCGCAUUGUAGCCCGGAAAGAAAACCCCUCAGGCCUCUCUCGCCCCUUCUCGCUCAGUGAGAUCCCGAAGAAGAGAUUUCUCAAAAGAGAGCCAAAACCCUGGAAUCUCCUCGGAAAUGAUAACCAGUAGCCUGAUUUAAGGUAGAGACUUUGCAUAAGCAGACUUUAGGGAUUUUUUUGGGGGUGGGGAAUCUGAUCAUGUGUUGAUCUCUUUUCUCUGUUUUUACCCAUGAGGACAUGUUAAACUCUGGAUUUUAGAAAACUGCAUUAUAAGGAGAUUUUAUUAAGAAUCUUAAUGUUUACUGAUAUGAAAAAAGGGGAAAAAAAGAAAAAGAAAAAAAAAAGUCCCAUGAUAACUUUCAUACAAAACACAGUGAGAAUUUUCAUUGUGCUUUACAAGUUUGACUUCUGGGAAACCUGACUUUGCUGUCAGUGUUUGUUGCCCACAAACAACUGAUGGUUGCUUUCACUGUGGCUGUGAGAGAGGCUGGAUAUUGAAAAUCAGCACUUUUCAAACACUGCAAUGUGACUGGAUUGGUGGCUCCAUCAUAAACAGCAAGAGACGGUUUGUGAGGCCUACCUUUUGUUUUUGAUACUUACUGAGAAUCUCUGAACUACACUCUUAGUUCUUCAUGUUUGAAAGAAAUGUCCCAGUGCUCAUUUCACUUUCAUGCAUCAUGUGAAUUUUCUACUCGAGCUGCAACAUUCCCAUUUCUAGUGGACACCUCUCGGCCUCAGCUCAUGCUGCUGGGAGUUAAUUUGUAUUUUUCCUGUGACCUUAGAUGCAAUCAUGCUGUUUUUAAACAUUGCUGUCAGUUGUUUGAAUGCACUUCAAUAAGCCUCACCUGUAGUGUACCUGUUUGUCAGCGGGAACUUUUUCCAUCUUAAACGUGUGGCUGCAGAACAUGCUAAUCUCCAUGUUUUUGUUUUUUCACUAGAUGGCUCGUCUAAACAUGUAAAUCUGUUUGAUAACAUAGAAGAGGCGCUCGUAACGAUUGGUUUUGUUUGAUGGCAACUCCUAAACACGCCAAGUGCACCCCCUCUCGAUACCUCAAACAUCUCAAUGUUGUUUACCCACUUACAGGGAAGGAGCACUCCCUGCUUCCCUGUAGGGAGUGUCUCAUAUUAAAGCGACCAUUUUGGAAAAACAAAACUUGAUACCAUGGAAACAGCCCCCGCUACUUCUCUCCUUCUCUCUUUCUGUUUCUCUCUCUCCAUCGGGAUGAAGGCGUGUUUAUUUUCCUGACCGUGUUGUUUCAGGUUGCCUUUUAGAUACCGGCACAGUUUGUUUUUCUCGGGCCAUUUCCUCCUCCCACAACCCAGCUCGCUGCAAGAUUCCUCAAACUCCCUCAUGUGCUGAAUGGGAGCUUAAGUCAGAGAAAAGACAGGCUGGGUAGAGUGGCGAGUGUGAUUAUGAGACCCACUUGCAGCAAAAAACAAUGGCUCUCAGCGGCACUCAGUGGAAUUUUACACACUACACCUACACCUGCAGAAGCGGAGGCCUGGAAUCUGACACACUACACCUAUACCUGCAGGGGCUCAAAGGCUGCACAGAGAGCAGUGGAAUUUUACACUGAAGCACUUCCAACCCCUAUAUGCUCAUACUUCAGCCCCACUGCUUUGGGAAAAAAAGGAGAAAACUGAAAAGAAAGUUUUUUGUAGACUUGCUGCAGGGAUUCAUGGUCAACAGACCUUUGCAACCUGUAGUUUCCAUUGAUUUCCUUAUUAACAAUUGGGUUGUGUCAGUUUUUUACAUUUUUAUAUUUCAUAUUUUCUUUAAAUAAAUAGUUCAAUACAUUUUGGAAAAAUCCACAUACAACACCAACAUACAAAACCUGUGUGAGAUAAGAUAAAACAUGUUAGUGACAUUAAGAAGUGUUUUUAGGCAGAUGUUGUUACCUUUGGACAGCCUAACCUGUUUCCAGUCUUUAUGCUAAGCUAAGCUAACCAGCUGUUUGCUGUAGCCUUAUAUGUAGAUUAAAAGAUGGAUAUGACUGUGGUAUGGAUCUUCUCAUUAUGUAUUUUUCAUAUUUUGUGUACAACAAAACAAGCAGCGGACAUUUUUGACACUUCUUACACUUUUUCUUUUUUCUUUAUAGCAUUAGGCUGAUUAAUUGAGAAAGCAUUUUAAGAGUUUUAGCAUUUUGGUUUCUAUUUUUUUCUAUUUGUAUUUGUAUGAUCUUUGACAAUGUUUACAGAUGUUUAGAUGCUGAAGCUCUAGGGAAUAAUGGUGAAUACUGCUGUGAUCAUUUAUUCUUUGUUUUAUAGCUGAUGUGCAUUGUAAAAAGAAGUAAAUAAAAGACAG